AUGGCAGUGCCAGACCGAUCAGUCGCUGUUUCCGCUGUUCUGCUCCUGAGAAACCCCAGCCUGUUUCCCGCAGGGGGCAGACCACGCAUACAUGCCAUUGUCAUGACGAUACCACCAGAUUGGGGCCCUAGGAUCACAGCUUCAGAGCUAUGUGUACCUGGUCCGCGACACCUCGAACCCGAGUACUUAGCCCAGCGACACGGGGCAACCAUAGUUCGCAAGAACCACAGAACAAUCACGAUCUCAAGAAGCGUCAAACACGAUGGGAGUCGCUAUCUAUCCAUGAAUAGCGUGAGCACCAACGGGCGCUGGGUACAGGCGUUGAGACUCCGGCUCUCCCGUGACAGCGUGAUGUCUCCCGCCUCUCUUCAUUACCAAAUCAGUCUGAGAGCAUACCGCUUAAACGUCGGCUACAACGGCCCCACAUAG